CUUUCUCAGCAGACAGAAAAUACAGCAGAAGCUUCCACUGCACCGAUUCAUCAGACGAUCAUCAGUAACAACAGUUAUGUCUGUUGGCUCAAUGAAUACGGUAACAAGAACAAGGUGUUCAUACGGCCUGUGGAGUCAACCAGACUGGGACCAAUCAAUGCUUCUAAUUGCUGUAGCUUUGAGGUUGGUGAUAAGAAGUUUCCAGCUGGCUAUGGUAAAACAAGGAAGGAAGCCAAGGAGGAAGCAGCAAAGCUUGUAUAUCAUGAGAUAUGUGGAAGUAAAGUUAUUGAGACCGCAGAUGAGAAAUAUGGUGGCACUUCAAGCCAGCAAAAAGAGGAAGCCAAACAAGAUGUGAUAGAAAUCUGUGAUAGGACAAACAGCCUCAGUCUAAAGACAGAAGGUGGAAAUUACAUUGGCAUACUCAACCAGUACUGUCAGAAAACAAAGCGCUCGCACGAUUACGUCUUAGAGAAAAGAUGCGGUCAAGCACACAACCCCCAAUUCUUCUACAAGUUGGUGAUCAACAAUAAGGACUACCCUGUGGGUGAGGGGAAGACUGUGAAAGAAGCCAAACAAAAUGCAGCUCAGCUGGCCUGGGCUGAUCUUCAAGAGCAGACCGACUAUGACAACAAGGUAACUGUGUCCGGUGAAAGUUCGUCAGCCAGUCUGCCCACACUAUCAAACUCACCCAGUGAUGUACAGUCAAAAAGCAAGCAGAUAGCUACAAGUGACUCAGGUGUUUUCACCAUUUCACCAAAACCUCCCAAAAAUCAGGCUCAAAGUCCUGAUGUCAAGCCCAAAAUAAGACUUGCAGCAAAUUUCCAAAAUGUGCAGAGAAAGAGCAUGGAGGCUAUAACUAAUUUCCAUGGCAAGAUUCCAGGGAACAGUCAAUGUAAGAAAACAGCAGCGCAGUCAGUAAUGUCAAGAUUUACAUCAGACUUUGAUGCCAUAGAGCAUCUCGGCAAAGGAGCCUUUGGUUAUGUUUUCAAGGCAAAGGAAAAACUGCUGGACAAGUACUGUGCUGUAAAGAUCGUCCGCUGCAAAGAAAAAGCUCUGCGAGAGGUGGCAACACUAUCAGACCUCCAGCACUGCAAUAUUGUGCGAUACUACACAUGUUGGAUGGAGGAUUCCAGGUACCAAAUGGACAGUUCAGCUGACAGUAGCAGUUCCUCUCAAGUCAAAUAAUAAAGUCAAUGCUGUGUUUGAAGCCAGAGGACCGACCUGAGGCUGGUAAACUGAAGAAGGACAUAGAAGAGUGCACCUAUAAAUUCACCACACUCAAAAACAAGCCUCAUGAGAGUUACUCUGUCUAAUUAAAUGAAGCAAACACUCAAACAGAAGACAAAAGCAUGAGUCAUCACAAUCAGGAGUCAUAGUUGAUAAUACUUCAUAUGCUAAGGGGAGUGUCUUUUUAAAUUCAUGAACUACGCUGAACUAGAUUAAAACUGCAUCAUUAUUCAUGUUUAACAAAUAAUCAUGACAUGGCUGUACAAUCAUUUUGACAGCUGCUGUUGAAAUAACUUGCUCUUUGUUGGUUAAAUAUGUUAAAGGGAGGUCACAUGGCUGCAUUUACAGUUCAUGACAGAAUCAUUUCUUCUGGGUGUGUACUCUGUGUCUGAGCAUCCUGCCUGUGUUGACACAGCACUGGUCUUAAGACAAUAAAUCAUAAAUAUACCA